UUGGCAGUGACUGAGAAGUUUGGCGAGUGACGAAUUUCUAUUUAUCGGUUGUUAUAGUGGCUCCAAAGCAUAUUCAUUUGUGUAACUCUGAAGUGGUGCGAAUCGGUGAACUAUGUGCGGGGUAUUUCAACUUGUGAUUGACAUACCUCGAUAACUUCCACAUUGUAAUGGCGGACGUUUAACAAGGUGUGUCCAGUUACAUAACGGUACAUUUCACUAAUGACGUGAUAUGGACACAGUUUUAGGCAUGUUUCAGUGAUGACUCGUAGUUCAAACAAACUGUGAUUUGUGACAUGGAAUCUUCUGGAUAUGAUUGUGAAUGACACAGAGACACGAAGACCUCAAUGACCCACGAUCGUAUCGCUAUGAACCUGAACGACCAGGUCUGUCUAUGGAUACUGACAACAAUAUCGGUUGUCAGCGUGGGAGCACAGGAUGGCUCCAGUGUCGCAAUGGACGACAUCAGUAAAGCCUUUGUAUCAGCCGCCGUGUUGGUAGCCGUAGGUGUGAUCGCGUACGUGGUGGCCAAGCUCGUGGAUUACUGCUACGACCGAGCUACCCUCAACGACGACGCCAGCGACAUCAGCGAGCACACACGGAAACUGAUCAGGGCUAGGAUAGCACUGAGUCACUUCAAGAAACCGAAAGCUAAAAAGAAGAAGAAGAAGAAACCAAUGACCCUGAAGCAGCAGAAAAAGAACACAACGAAAUUCUUAAAGUUAUGGUCGACCAACGCAAAAAGGAGAGGGUCUCAAAGACUAACGGACAACGUAAUAAACGUUGAAGAAGCUAAUGCUAACGAUAAACUCACGGUUAAUGGGACUGUUAAGAAGUCAUUAGCGCAUGUGACGUUUGAAGACGAAGUUGGACCUCAGACUGAAGGAGGGAUCAACGUACCUGUCAUCGCCAUCACUGAGCCGGAAGGUCAUAACACUUCACAAUCGACGAAAGAAUCCGGAAGAACCACUCCCAUUGCAGCAAAGGUCAAUCCCGGAUCUGGCAGGACAACUCCUAUUAAAGACGUUUCCGGAAGGUCUUCUCCACAGAAGGAAUCACCUGUGAAAGCAUCUGGAAGGACAACACCUGUUAAAGACGUUUCCGGAAGGUCUUCUCCACAGAAGGAAUCACCUGUGAAAGUAUCUGGAAGGACAACACCUGUUAAAGACGUUUCUGGAAAGACCCCACAGUCUAGGAUUCUUCCGUGA